AUGAACGUCACUCAGGUGUUGGAGAGCACCCUCUCGCCCGAUGCGGCGACCCGUAGCAAUGCCGAACAGCAGCUCGCCCACGCGGCGGAGGUUGACUUCGCUCAAUACCUCAUCGCCCUCGGUCAGGAACUGGCCAACGAAAACUCCGCCCCCCACGUUCGAAGCGCGGCCGGUAUCGCUUUGAAGAACGCGUUCACUUUCAGAGAUUCGGCAAAACUCCACGAAGUUCAAACAAAAUGGCAACAGCAAAUUACCCCAGAAAUCAAGGCGCAGGUCAAGGAGCUUGGCCUCAAGACGCUCGGCUCGAAAGAUGGUCGGGCCGGCCAGUCCGCCGCCCAGUUCAUCGUCUCCAUCGCCGCCAUGGAGCUCCCCCAGGGCCAAUGGCCGGAGUUGAUGAACAUCCUCGUUCAGAAUGUCGCUACCGGCACUGAUCAACUGAAGCAGGCCUCCCUGGUCACCAUCGGCUUCAUCUGCGAAUCCCAGGAUGCUGAGCUGCGCGAGAGCUUGGCUGCCCACUCCAACGCCAUCCUCACUGCCGUCGUGCAGGGUGCUCGCCGCGAGGAGACCAACAUGGACAUCCGUUUCGCCGCCAUCAAGGCCCUCAGUGAUUCCGUCGACUUCGUCCGGUCCAACAUGGAGAACGAGGGUGAGCGGAACUACAUCAUGCAGGUCGUGUGCGAGGCCACACAGGCCGACGAUCUCCGCGUCCAGGCGGGCGCAUUCGGCUGCCUGAACCGUAUCAUGGGUGCCUACUACGAUAAGAUGCGCUUCUACAUGGAGAAGGCUCUGUUCGGUCUGAGCAUCAUGGGCAUGAAGAGCGACGAGGAGGAUGUCGCCAAGCUGGCUAUCGAGUUCUGGUGCACUGUCUGUGAGGAGGAAUACGCUAUCGAGGAUGACAACGCAGCGGCCCAAGCAGAAGGCCUCCCUGAGGUUCGCCCCUUCUUUGGCUUUGCGCGCGUCGCCAGCAAAGAGGUCAUCCCCGUCCUUCUCGAGGCUAUGUGCAAACAGGAUGAGGAUGCUACGGAUGACGAGUACAAUGUCGCGCGUGCCGCUUACCAGGCUCUGCAGCUGUACGCUCAGUGCGUCCAGGGUGAUGUCAUGCCCCCUGUUCUGUCUUUCGUUGAGAGCAGCAUCCGCCACGAGGACUGGCGCCGCAGGGAUGCCGCUGUCGCGGCGUUCGGUGCCAUCAUGGAUGGUCCCGACCCCAAGGCUCUGGAGCCUCUCAUCAAGCAGGCCCUGCCUGUCCUGGUCGGCAUGAUGCAGGACAACUCCAUCCAGGUCCGCGACUCCGUUGCGUAUGCCCUUGGCCGUGUCUGCGACUUCUGCUCUGAGACCCUCGACCCCGACGUCCACCUCCAGCCUCUCAUCACCUGCCUGUUCAACGGUCUGGCGAGCUCCCCCAAGAUUGCCAGCUCCUGCUGCUGGGCUCUGAUGAACGUUGCGGAUCGGUUUGCCGGUGACAUUGGUGCUCACACCAACCCUCUUUCCAAGCACUUUGAGGACAGUGUCAAGUCGCUUCUUGGCCUCACGGAGAGACCCGAUGCCGACAACCAGCUCCGCACUGCCGGUUAUGAGGUUCUCAACUCCUUCGUGACCAACGCCGCCAAUGACAGCCUCCCCAUCGUUGCCAACCUUUCUACCCACUCGGUCCAGCGCCUGCAGCAGACUGUCGCCAUGCAGGCGCAGGUCGUCAGUGUGGAGGACCGCAUCAGCUUGGAGGAGCUGCAGACUAGUGUCACUAGUGUGAUUCUGGCCAUCGUCCAACGUCUUGAGACCGAAAUCAAGCCUCAGGCCGACAGCAUCAUGGAAGUGAUGCUUAACAUCCUGAACAGUGUCCCCCCCAAGUCCAGCGUUCCUGAUGUGGUUUUCGCCACCAUCGGCGCGAUUGCCGGCGCUUUGGAGGACGACUUCAUGAAGUACAUGCAGAGCUUUACCCCCUUCCUCUUCAAGGCUCUGGAGAACCAGGAAGAGCCCGGACUUUGCGCCAUGGCUAUCGGCCUGGUCAGCGACCUGUCUCGUGCGCUGAACGAGAAGGUGCAGCCCUUCUGCGACGGGUUCAUGAACUGCCUGCUCAGCAUUCUGAGGACCGGCACCAACCAGCUCAAGCCCGCUAUCCUCGAGACCUUCGGAGACAUUGCCCAGGCUAUUGGCACUCAGUUCGAUAUCUACCUGCCCGUCGUCGCGCAGGUGCUUCACCAGGCCUCCGCCGUGAGUGCCAGCAACGAUGUGGCCCCGGACAUGCAGGAUUACAUUGUCUCGCUCCGUGAGGGUAUCAUGGACGCUUGGGGUGGUAUUCUCCUGUCCUACAAGGGCAAGCCUCAGGCCACUCAACUUUCGCCUUUCGUGGAACACAUCUUCGACCUGCUUCACAAGAUCUCGCAGGAUUUCAACCGCAGCGAGGGAUUGAUGCGGGCGGCCAUGGGUGUCCUUGGUGAUCUUGCCGACACCUUCCCCAACGGCGAAUUCGCUGCCUUCUUCCGCAACGAGUGGGUCACCGGCCUGGUCCGCGAGACGAGGACGAACCGCGAGUACGGCCCUCGUACCAUCGACACUGCUCGCUGGACCCGCGAGCAGGUCAAGCGCCAGAUCACCAUGUCGACCACUCCCGCCAUGGCGUAAUCAUCGCCAGACUGCAACUCGAUUGCUGUUUCAACCGCGCCCCUAGGAGACACGCCAUCCGUUGGUGCACCCCGGCGUGACGGCGAGUCUGUCACGUCCUGAGUGGUAUCCGCACCGGACCCAAGCCGUGCUACUGAUCGCUUCAACCACCGAUCACCAAGCUGUGUCAAGCGACGGCGGACCGGGCUAGUUUUUCACUGACCCCUACACUAUCCACCUGCACGACCCCUUACCUAGCACCGCUGUAUGAGUCCUUCGA